ACCGCCGAUGGCGAAGCGCGAGCCCCAGAGCGAUGAAGACUUAAAAGAACUCGAGAAAUAUUUUCCGCCCUGCGACGACGACCCGGAGUGCAACAACGGCCUAAUUUGUGGUCAGGUUAGUCACUGCGUCUGGUCUAUUCGACCAGGGAUGGCAAAGCGCGAGACAUCCUGCGAAACCGACACAGACUGCCCGCUCUUUCCGUAUGAUGUCUGCGAUGCCGGCCAAUGCAUCUUGGGUGCUACUCUCCCAAACCGUCCGGGAAAGCGUGACGUGCCAGCUCUCUGCAACAUUCCCGGUGAAUGUACCGCCUACGGUCCUGUCCCGCCGCCGCCCGAGAAGCGCGAUACCAACAAGGAUGUCAACUGCCACAACGAUGAGCAGUGCUCGCCUGGAAUCUGCCAGGAUGGCAUCUGCCUUCUCAAAUAGAUCCGGUUUCUGGGUUUCAUGUG